AUGGAUGAAAUCUCUGUAUUUAAACAGUCCGAACAUAAUUUACUACACUCUGAACAUGAUAAAAUCGAUAAAAAUAUUUCAAAUUUUAAUCAAAACUAUAUUAAACCGAAUUUUACAAAUAAUUUUUAUACCAAAUACAACACACGUUCUUUUAACACAACCAAAAAUUCCGAGAAUAAACUAGUUAAAAAUAUGGGAAGGAGCCGCUAUUAUAAUUUUGACGAUAAUUUUGGUCAAACAUAUAUGAAUACAAGAAGACGAAGACUUAAUCACUACAUAAAUAAUAAUAACGACAUAACUAAUAGUAACGGCAAAUUAAAUGAUAUUGAUCUAAAUCAACAUAAUGUGUUUGAUCCAAAUAAUAUACAAUUCAAUGAUAUAUCUAAUAUGGAUACUAUUGAUACCACUAAUACUAUUACCAGUAGUAAUCUGAGUACUAAUAUUACUGAAAAUAUGGACAACGGUAAUAUAAUUGGGAGUAUGGAAUCUGAUAGUAAAAAUAGGAAUGAAAAUAUGAUAAACCCAAUGUCAAAGGAUGAAUUUCAAAGAAGAUUAAAAAUAAUGACAACAUGGUAUAACAAAUUUCCAAUAAUAAAGACUAAAAAGGAUACCUCAAUUUUAAUGCCUAAAAGGGUUAAUAUUUUGCCGAUAGAAAAGAAACCCUUUCUUAUUGAAACUCCACAUGGUCUUGAUGUCAGAUUCGAUUUAUCAAUUUUAAUUGAUAUCUUAACAUGUUAUUUAUGUAAAGGGUUGUUAUACAAUGCACAUACCAUCAAAGAUUGUAUGCAUACAUUCUGCAAAAGCUGUCUUAUAUUAUCCACUUUUGAAAGUUUCUUUUAUUCACUCAUAGAUUCAUCUAUACAAUUAUAUAUAGUUAUUUAUAUAGUUAUAAUGGUGAUAAUGAUGAUUGUAGAUGGAUUAGUCUGUCCAAUGUGUUUUACACCAAUACAUACAAGUAUAGCGGAAGGAGUGGAAUCGGACACAAACAUACAAACAAUAGUGGAUAAAUUAUUUCCUGAAUUUGCAGAACACGAACGCAAACAAAAGGAGGAAAUGGAGAGACAAAUAAAACUCUAUAAAACAGAAAAUACUAAUACCUCCAUUAAUAGUAGUGAUAGUGGUAAAAGUGAGGUCAAAGAGUUAUAUUUUGAGGAACAGAAGGAUAUAAUUGAUCGCAAAUCUAAACUCUCAGACUCAACAGCGACCUUCUUAAAUGAGUUAAAUAAAUGUAAAGAUAUUAAUAAAUUGUUUGACAAUGUGUUAUGCUUGGCACUGGUGCAUGAAUCUGAUAACCAAAUAAAUAGCAUUUUUAACGAUAUCAACAAUGAUAAAGAAGAUUCAAAGGAUAGUUCAUACUCAGAUAUAACAGUCAGAUAUCCUAGAAAGUAUAUAUGUGUGCCAAAGAGACUACAAGUGGCAGAUAUUGUGGACUACCUAAUCAAUGAACUCUUGCUUGAACCUGAAUAUAAUGUAGUCUUCAUGCUGAAGAAUUUAGUACUCCAAAAAAAAUAUACUAUUGAAUUCAUUUUUCAAACCUUCAACAUCGAUACAUCAAAGUGUGUUGUUUUCAGAUACAAAAUUAUCCUACAACAAAGUUUUUAUAAUGACUGGAAUCAGCCUUUAAAUUUUUUAAUGUUGUAUAAUAUAAUAAUACUGGUGAUAAAUAAUGUAAUAUAUGAAUUUUUGCCCAAAUGUGUAGAUUCCAUAUCUAUUGACAGGAAUCUGCAUAAUUUUAACAAUCCAAGUAAAAUUAAAUUUAAUUAUGGAUAUAUACCUGUUUUUAACAGAUUUAACAGUAAACUUAACACUCAUGUUGAUAAUAAAUUUAUAAAUGAUGGAUUUAAAGAAAUAAAAAACACUAAUGAUGAGAUAAAUGAAUUAAUUGACGAAGUUGAGAAAACAUAUGGAAAAGAUUUGAAUAUAAAUAUAAAAUCAAUGUCGAGACUUGAUUAUAAUAGGGAUUUUUUACUAAAAACUUUUAAUUUGGCUAAGGAAGUUGAUAUGAAAGUUUCCAAAAAUAACUACCAAGAAGGUUAUAACAAUUUAGUAUCAUUUUCUGGAGAUGAUGAAGAGGAACUGAUGAUGUUUAGUAAAGAGGAAAUGUGUAAAGGGGAAACUAUAGUUAAUAUUCCCUUGAAAUCUUGUAUAUCACUUGAAUCAACAAUUAAAGAUCUCGUGAAUAAUAUUAAUAAAUACAGCCAAAUUAAUCCAAAAUUUGCUAAUUAUCUGCAAUAUAUUUCUGGAUUGAUGAAAUUUAAUAUAGGAAAUUUUAUUAAACCUAACAUUGCUGAAUUGAGUGGAGAAGAUCAGUUCCAUCAAAUUAACGUGGAUAAAUUUACUGAAUUUGUAACAUAUAAAAGAAUAUUAACAUUAAAGUCACUAAUAUUGUGUGAUAUAAUACUGUCAAUUGAUGAUAAAAAUGGAAAAUUGAGUCGUUACGCAAAGUUUAAUUCCAUCAAUUCAAAUGAAAAGGAAUUGUCACUACUAACUAUGGCACUCAGCUCAGAAUAUUUUCUAAACUCUAUUGCUCAAAUGUUAAAUUGUAAUAAUAGUUGCUCAGAAGUUGAGUUUGGUGACUUGAAGAUGAAAUGGAUAAACUGGUUAUUUAAUAAAAAAGAAUCGCAUAUACCAUUGAUGUUUGAUAAAGGAAGUGUGGAACAAGUACAGGAACCGAUUAUACAAAAUAAAAUAGUACAAAGAAAACUGGCGUUAGCUGAGUUGUUUUCAAUAUUUACUGAUCCAAUGUCUGUGAUCAGAGAUAAAAUUGAAACACUCCAUAAUAAACCUGUUGAUUUGGAUGGAUUGGAAGAAUAUUUACUGAACAAUAAUAUAAAACAUGAAGUUUUUGAAGAGAACAUCUUCAAAAUUAGUAAAGCUGAAGUCGAGGAGAUUCUCAGGAAUACCAUCGACGCUAGUGAUCGUUCUAAUAAUACCAGUAACGCAGUUGAUAUAAUAAAUAGUAUGAUAAAUUUUGAAAGUAUUUUAAAUUUCUUUUGUACCAUAACUUCACAUAUCGUUAGACCUAAAGUUGAUAAAAUUAUGGAUAAUACUCAAUACUAUUACAUGCUUAAUACUGCUAAUGGUAUUGACUGUCAAAUUGACAUCACUAACAGUGAUAAUGGUGGCAAUGGAAUAGAUGUUUUGAAUUAUGGUUAUCUGGUACCUAUAAUCUCACUGUGUAAUCAUAGUAAUUCUAAACCUAAUUCCGAUAUUUCACUAAUCUACUCAGAUGGAGAAUUAACAUUUAGUUUAAAAACUACUAGUGAUAUAGCUGUUAAUUCUGAGAUUUUGAUCAAUUAUGGAGAAUGUGAUAAUAACACAUUAUUACUGGAUUAUGGGUUUGUUUCUGGUGAUGAGGGUAACAACUGGGUUUUGAUGGGUUUGGACAAUGAUUUGGUUAGAGAUUCAGCGAAAAAGAACGAGGUUAAUUACUUAAUGCCGUCAAUAUUCCCAGAAGGGAUUCCAAAGGAGAAACUAGAUCUAAUAAAACAGCUUAAUUUAAUUGAAGUUCAUGAUAAAGGUGACCUUUCAGAAAUAUACUCUGAUCCAUAUUUUGAUGGAAUGCCGAUAAUAAAGUACAUGGAAUUUAAUGAAAGGUUUAUGGCUAAUACAAUUGAUAUACAGUCAAACCUAUAUUACUCAACUAAUUCAAAACAGGAACGCACAUUUCAUGUAGAUAAGCCGGAUGAUUAUAACUUUAUAAAUUGUGCCCAAAAUGUCAAUAACAUUCUUAAAAUAAAUUCAAAUGGAAUCAUCGAUCAUAGAUUAAUAUUAUUAAUCAAAAUAAUAUUGUGUAAAACCAAAAAGAAGUUGGAAUGGAUUAAAAAACAUAGUCCUGAAUUACUGUCAAAAUCAAUAAAUUCACCAAUUGAUUAUAAGGCGUUUGAAGUGGUGUCGAGUAUUCCAUUAAUAUAUGUUGAUAACAAGUAUGAUCAGUCAUUGUAUGACGAUGUUUGUUCAUUAAAGAAUGUGAAGAAUGGAAUGAAGAGAAAUAUGAUGUUAACAGCACAUGCGAUGAGGCAAAAAAUACCAUUCUACAAGUGUGCUCACCAUUAUAGAAGUAUCUCAUCAAUAACUGAUAACUCGACUAGUACUCUAAAUAAAUCUGUAAUACAGGUAAAUAAUUGA